AUGGUGAUUGCGUUAGAAGUGUCCAAGCAAUUCCUGCUCUUGCUCAAAUCACCGAAACAGAGAAUGAAAUUUACGGUGAGCAACGUUGAAGUGGAUGAAUUCCAACCUACAUUCAAGACUCAACCUUUAACCGUGACAAUUAAUGAGGUAGGAAUAGAAAUUCUGAAAAACAAUAGUUUGCAAGUUGGAAAAGUUAUAAUACUACUCAAUAACACUCUGACGGAUCAAGACUGUCCACCUCAUCUCGAGCGUAAUGUCAUCCGAAUCACAAACUACACCAUCGAUCCACAGGUGAAUGGGGCAGGCAUUAUGGAGGUCAGACUCGGAAGCGUUGGUGACGUCGUGUUAACAAAACCUAUAGACUUUGACAUAGAGUAUACCAAAAGACAGCCAGUGUACUAUAUGGUAAACGUGAUAGUCACAGAUCAAAUGUAUCGCGUGACUACAACUACACUUCGAAUAAACGUUAAAGAUGUGAACGAUUUGCCCCCUGCUUUCGACACAUUCACUUACAAAUCCCAUACCAGUGUCAAGUACCGGGGACAGUUGACAGUAACACCCUCUGCCAUUCAUGCUAUAGACCAGGACCUUUCUAUCAACUGCUCAAUCGUGUAUAGUAUUGUCCCAAGUGGUCUAUUUAGUCAGUGUUUCGAUAUCGACUCCUCUACGGGAGAAAUAAGUCAGAUCCUGGAUGUCACAUCACCAGCAGAAGUCAUUCAAAUACAGGCAAAAGAAAACUGUCCGAACACGGCCGUACAACUACAAAGCACUGUGCCUUUGCUUAUUACACUCAAUAACCACACAGUGAACUUGCCACCCAAUGCUGGCAAGUCGACCGCCGACGAAGGGUCCGAUUUCCGGCUAAUUCUCAUUGUUAUCGGAGUUGUCGCCCUUGUCAUCAUUAUCGCCUUGUUGGUUGGCUUUGUUUUUUAUCACAAGAGGAUGUCACGCGCUGUACGUCCAGAACAGGAUCGACCGGAAACUCCCCACACUGAAGAGGAAGACUUGGAUACGGAUCGGUCAGGAAGCAAGGAGGUUCUUAUCGAUCCAAUGAUGUUACCGACACCUGCUGGCAAGAAAGGGCAGUUGCCUCCCUUAAAUAUGACAUCGACGGGAACAGGAAUGGACAGAAAGAAAAAACGAUCUAGACGAAGGAAGAAGGUAAAGGAACCUGACAUUUACGAUGGUACCGUACAGUAUGACAUGGCUGCGGAUCCUGAGUUUUUCAAUUCUACACAAAAAGAUAAGAUAAAACGAUCCACCAGGAGCAAAGACAACAAAACAACCGAUCCAAAUCGACGAAUAAAUGUCCAAAAUGAAUAG